AUGGACGUUUCCAUACGAAAUUCGCCGCGGAUUUCGACUACAUCCUCAGGUUCAUCCCCAUCUCAUCCUAGAAUGCAGCCCAGGGAGUCAGCUAGAGACUCUGCUCGAGAAUCGGUGCGGCUUGAGAGUGUGAGUGACGGUGCUAAGAUACACCAAGUGCCGCCUCAAACAUCUACAGAGAGCAAUAGCUCUGAUUCAAGCUCGGACCUGGAGCCAGCUCGUUCCCAGUUCCAUUAUGAUACGAAAUAUAUGAGGACUGUACCGGUAUCCGAAACAACAGAUAUGUUGAGGGGUGUUCCAGCCGGUGUCCCUUCUGAGGCUCCCCCCAUUUCGGUACGAAAGGUCCUGCCCAAGCGGUUCAUCGAAUGUCCUCGCGAAGACCUCAUCACGCUGGUGUCACGAAUGCUAGACAGUCUUAUUUCAAUCAACGACGAUAUUCGCCAGCAGAUUACUUCCAACCAACUCACCAGGUUCCAUUCACGUGCUCCGCCUGCCAUAUCUGUUCAUUCUUACCUAACGCGACUGGCCCAAUACUCCUCACUAGAGAAUGCGAUUUUGUUAACGUCGAUAUACUACAUCGACUUGCUUUCAAGUUCAUAUCCCACUUUUUCGCUGAAUUCGUUGACUGUUCAUAGGUUCUUGCUGACUGCUACUGUCGUUGCAGCCAAGGGUCUUUGCGACUCCUUCUGCAGUAACCACCAUUAUGCCAAGGUUGGAGGAGUGCAUGUGAGCGAACUGAAUGUUCUGGAAAUAGAAUUCCUCAACAGAGUUAACUGGCGUGUGGUACCGAGGGACUUCAACUACGGUAUUGGAGAGAGAAGAGGCAGCACUGGCAGCGACGUGCCGACUGAUGGCUCUUCGAUUACAACAAUAGACGCAGCAGCAGAUGUUCUGGACAUGUACUAUAAUCGAAUGGUGAUGUUGGUGGGCAAAGAUGCGAACGAUUCCACGGUGUUUGCGUUCGAAGAUCCCAGGGGACAGAGGUCUGUGCUGAAGCGACCCGCAGACCAUGACCUGGAACCGCGGGAGUUCAUCGCGCCAGGAAGGCGUCGCUAG